UGAAUUCAAUUAAAGCAAAAUGGAAGCUAAGGAAGACUUGAAGGAAAAACUAACUGAAAGCUCGCCCUUGAUCUACUCAUCUGAUACUACUAAAUUGAAGGGAAAUGUAACUAACAGUAAAGCUAAAUCAUGUGGAAAUUUGGUCACAUUCUCUGCGCUGUGGAUAACAUACUUAGUUGUGAGUGUGGCAUACUCUAUCUUAGCCCCAUUCUAUCCACAAGAGGCAGCUAAGUUUAAUGUUAGCAGUCUUAUGGUAGGCUUUAUUAUGGGAGCAUCUCCCUUAUGUGUGACAUUUAUGUCUCCAAUUUUUGGAUAUUUUAUUCCUCAAAUUGGACUCAAGUUUAUGAUGAUAGCUGGUUGUUUUCUUGUUGGUGGAUCAUUCCUUUUACUAGGAUUUUUAGUGAAGAUGUCAAGUUAUUUUGAAUUUGUCUUUUUCUCUAUACUAUUAAGAGUUGUCGAGGGCAUUGGUAGUGCUGGAUAUAUCACUGCCUCUUUCACAAUUGCCACAAUCCUUUUCCCAACUAAGACAGGAACUGUCAUAGGUAUGCUUGAAUUAGGCUCAGGAAUAGGAUUUGCUAUUGGACCACCAUUAGGGGGAUUUCUGUACAAAAUAGGAGGAUUUUUUCUACCCUUCCUUGUGACUGGUAGUACAGUCUUAGUAUUCAUAAUUUUGUUUGUGCUGUUUGUGCCAGACACAAAGGGAACGAAACAAUAUGUAUCUCCUAGAACUUUACUGAAGUUCUCAAUGAAUGUUCCAUUCCUUUUGCUAAUUUUGUGUCAUAUAUUAGUGAUAGCUUCUUUAGGCUUUUUUUCUCCUGUUAUGUCUUUGUUUCUCAUUGAUCAAUUUAAUCUAUCAGAAAUAUAUAUUGGAGUAAUUUUUUUUAUUGGGCCUGCAGCAUAUAUGUUGUCUUCAAUAGUUGCUGGACGUCUCUCUGAUAAAUUGGGUCCUAGAUACCUUAUUGUUGGUGGUCUUUUAUUGUCUGGUAUAUCAUUCUUUUUUAUUGGGCCUGCUCCUUUCAUUCUAAAUAAAAGUCAUGUAUGGUUGACAUGCACAUCAAUGGCUGCUGUUGGUAUUGGCAUUGGUUUUGGAAUUGUUCCAAUCUUUUCUGACAUGUUACAAGUGAUAAGGAGAAUAGAUCCAAGUGCAACAGGGGAUGAAAUGUAUGGCUACUUAUCUGGACUUUCAUCGGCUGCAUACAGUUGUGGUGAAUUUUUAGGUCCAAUAAUUGGAGGAGCCUUAGCUAAGAUAAUGAGUUUCCAGAUGUCAGCUUCUAUUGUAGGAAUGUUCCUUCUGACUGAGGCUAUUUUAUUGCUUAGUGUUACUGUUGUGGAUCAAUUUUUACCUCGCCUAUCAGCUAAAAUUUAAAACAAAAAUGUUUUUAUCAAUCAUGAAUAGCAUUUUUUAAAUCCAUUGUGCAUGUAUGAAACAUUUCAUUUAAUGCAGAGUUUUAUCAUUAUUUUUUAUGCACAUAA